UCCUAUAGGAGGCGGAGCUGGAGGACUCGUCCCCCUCCCGGCCCAAGAUGGCGGCCGAGGCGGAAGUCAGCUCUAGCCGGAAGUCGGGCGGUAUCUAUCGUUCGGACUCGGUGGGGGGAGGCGGAAACCCUGGCAAUGGAGGGUGUCGUGGCGGUGGCUGAGCGGGAGGCGGAGGCCUAGGCCUGAGUGAUCUUCAUUUGGUUGCACCAAAGGGAAGAAAACACAGGACCACCAAGAAGAUUGACAGCUGGUUGGGACAAAGAUUCAAUGUUUCACAUCACUGUCUAGUAAAUUACUUGAGAAUGUACUGAAUUCCCAGAAAGGAAUCAACGAAACAGCUUUUUGCAUGAUAACAAUGGAUGAGGAGAGUCUGGAAACAGCAAUUCAAACCUAUAAAGCACAAUUGCAGCAAGUGGAACUGGCUUUAGGGGCGGGGCUGGAUCCAUCACAGCAGUCUGACUUGAUCCAACUGCAGGAGGAUUUGAAACAAUUGAUAGAACUGACUGAAUCCAGCCUGGUGUCAGUGAAAAAGAGUAAACUACUGGCUACUUUAGACACAGAUGCACCCUUCAUCUCUCCAGCAGGUCACCUAAAACAGGACAGUAAUUCAGGCAGGUCCGGCAAUGAUGAGGAGUAUGCUGCUUUUAAGGAAGCUAUUGCUGAACUCAAGCCAUUGAGUAUUGAAGAUGAGGCCUCUCCAAAGCAAGAUGGAGAGGCAGAUGGGGGAAAUGAAUCAAAGUACAGUGAAGAGGAAGAAGCAUCUGAGGAAGAGGAGGAGGAAGUGAGUGGGAUGAAGGUUAAAGCGCCGUACUACAGUCCAUGGGGUACCCUGGAGUACCAUAAUGCCAUGAUUGUGGGGACAGAGUGUUUGGAAGAUGGCAGUGCAGGAGUCAGAGUGCUGUAUCUCUACCCAACUCACAAGUCCUUGAAGCCAUGUCCAUUCUUCUUGGAUGGCAAAUGCAGAUUUAAAGAGAAUUGUCGGUUUUCCCAUGGGCAAGUGGUAUCUGUAGACGAGCUUCAUCCAUUUCAGGAGCCCAAUCUCAGCUCUCUAGAAGUGGGCUCAGCUUGCUUGGCAAAGCACCAUGAUGGAAUAUGGUAUGCUGCAAAAAUCACUGAUGUUGACAGUGGUUACUACACGGUGAAGUUUGAGUCAUUGCUGCUGAAGGAGGCUGUCGUGGAGGGAGAUGGCAUCAUGCCACCACUGCGAAGCGAGGAAGACUCUUCCUCUCCCGAGUCUGAGGAAGACAAUGUAGAUGACUCUGGCUAUGCUAAAGUGAUCGAUUCGGAACCCUUGGAGAACGGGGAAGGGGCUCCAGCUUGCAGCUCCUCCUUUGGUGGCUGGGAGGCCCAUACUCGUGGCAUCGGCUCCAAACUACUCGCUCAAAUGGGAUAUGAGUUUGGAAAAGGUUUGGGGAAGAAUGCUGAGGGCCGAGUGGAGCCCGUGCAAGCCAUAGUGCUGCCUAAAGGGAAGUCCCUUGACCAAUGUGCCGAGAUCCUUCAGAAGAAGAAGCUGGAUCCAGCUAAGUCAAGGAAACGGCGAGUGAAGGCAAACCAUGUUGGCCGUCCCUCUGCAGGGAGCCGCAAGACCUCUCGCAAUGUCUUUGACUUUCUGAAUGAGAAGCUUCAGGGGAAGGGCUCUGGGGAGCAGGAUGGAGGGAUGACACCAGUGGAGAGAAACAACAAGGAGAUCUACCAUGCCAGUAAGAGCACCAAGAAGGCCCUCAGUGUCCGCCUCUUCCAGACAAUGGAGAAGAUUGACCAAACGCAGAAGACCAUCAAGGGAAUCCAGGAGGCCCUGGCACGCAACGUUGGACGGCACAGUAUUGCCGCAGCCCAGCUGCAGGAGAAACUAGCUGGUGCUCACAGACAGCUGGGGCAGCUGCGGGCCCAGGAAGCCAGCCUGCAGCAGGAGCAGAAGAAAGCGGAGACACACAAGAAAAUGACUGAGUUUUAGUCUUCAAGGAAAGUUGUUGAUGUGAUGUACUGGUUGUCAUUAUGUCUGAGCCAGCACUCCGUGCGUUGAAACCGGGAUGAGCUGGGCCAUCUCCUCUGGUCUUGGGCAACCCAGCUGUGAAACUGGAGUGAAAAGCAGCAGUUCUCCCAAAAAAACAGAUGCUAUCUGAGCUGAGCUUUCCUGGGUGGGGAGAGGGGGGAGUGAGUACUUGCUCAGUCCUGAAGGUGUUCAGAAGGCCCAAGCUGAUUACAUUGACCUGCUAUAAAGAAAUAAGGCCACUACACCCUGCUUUUGUUCCCUUUUCCCAGUUAUCACCAUGGCAGUUCUCUCCAUCCAGAGAGUCUAUAGCCACCCAGGUGAUACCAUAGUGGUUCACAGAUCAGCUGGUGGGAAGAACCAUGGGAGCCCCAUGGCCUGUCACUCUGCCUUGGAGACUCAGUGGGUUGUGUCUCUGUGUGUUUAUCUACUAGGCUGGGAACUGAGUCCCAAACACAUUUCAGCACUGCAGAAAAGACAGUCUGGUUUUGGUGAAAACCAGGGCGGGUCACUUCAGCUAUCAGCUUCCCUCUAUCCUUGGCUCUGGGUGUCACUCAGGGACACAGGGGUCAAUGCUGGGUUUGUCCCUAUUAGUUCUGAUGUUGCUGUGAUAUUUAGAGUAGCUCUUUAGAGCACGAGCACACUGAACAGAAAGAGAAGAGGCAGGACCGUGUUAAGUUCUGAGAUCCCCAGGCCUUGCACUAUUGCCAGCUGACUGCAAAAGUAUUACUGGGUCCCAAACUAGUACAAAAGGCCCUCCCUGUGAAGUCAGCCUGCAUGCUAAUGUUGCCAAUAUGGAAUGCUGCCCCAUUCCAUAUCACAGCACUGAGUGCCAGAGGUAGGGGAAUGUGGCAACCACAUAAGUAGCUAAGUACAUAACAGGUCAGCUACAUACCUGCCGGCCAGUAACAAUACUGCAGGCAGCCUUUUGCUUUCUCUCUGGCUGCUUUGAGUUUUUCUGCUCUAGAUCUCUAUGUGAACAAGUAGGUUCUCCUUGUUAUGAAACACCACAGAACCAUACAAAACGACACAAGAUCCAGGUGUACCCACCACACAUACCUAUCCCUGUGAAAGAGCUCAUGCAAUCCUGGAGGCAGGAGAGCUGAGCAGACUCUCCUGCCCUGCAGUGGGUACAGGCAAUCUCAGGCAGUUGAAAAAUCUCCCAGACAGGUUCUGUCGGUGGUGGCCAGCUCUUGCUGUAGAGGAGGUGUUGAUUCUAUCAGGCGUUCUGUGUUAGGCAGAGGCCUAUACAUUCAAGUGUUUUCUAGUGCACCUUUAUUUUCUGAUUCUGUAAUUUUUGCAGGUGUCUUGAGAAAACACUUUUUUUUAAGUAAAAGAUAUCUGACCCCUGUUAUCUUA